AUGGAAGAAACAUCUGAAGAUUUUGGUUUUGCAUUAUCAACGGAAUCUGAAGGGUUGAAAAUCUUCGAUUCUUUCGGAGAUUUUUCAAAUAAACCUUAUAAUCUAGACCUUUUGACUAUUGGGAACUUGACAGGAGUAAUUGCUUGUUCAAACAUUGAUACUAUUAAGUUUGGUACAUUGAAUAGUCUCAAUAAUAAUGAUGUUGAUUCCCUCCAAGGCAUCGAUAUCUCUGAUGUCAGACAAUUAAAGUUCAAUCAUGACGAAUCAAAGUUGUAUGUUCUCACGGGGACGAGUUUGAAGUACGUCGACAUCAAGGAUAUGUCUAUUAAUGAUGUAGACACCAAUGUGAGUAAGUUUACUUUAAAUCCAAGAGGAGAAGAUAUAGCCAUUAUCACCAAUGGUAUCUUAUACGUCAGCAGAGAUACCAAGGAAGAAUAUGAACAAGAAGUAGAUGAAGUUUCAUGGUCGAAAGACGGACAAAAGUUAUAUAUAGCUAAACAAGAUAGCUCCAUCAAAGUAAUAACUAAAGAUAACGAAGAAGUUCAACAAUUGGAAAAGUUUGAAGAUGAAGCUCAAGUAGUAUCCAUCAUAGAAGUCAGUUCCACCCAAGUAUUUGUUGCUUACUGUAUUAAGGAUGAUGAUGAAAACAUUUACGAAACUAGGUUGAUUGAUUUAGAAACUAAUGAUUCAGAAGAUAUUGGAAUCCCAUCCAGCUUUGGGUCUGUGGAAAGACUAAAUAACUAUUAUGUACUGGCCAUUACAAACUGGAUCGAAAACACCGAUCUUUUGAUCGUUACUGGAGGUAAGGCUACUGAAUUAAAUACUUUCCAAGUUGAUGACGAAGUAAAGAUCUUGACACCUAUGGAAGAUUAUUUGUUGGCCACUUUCCCUAUUAAUGAUGAAACUAAUGACGAUGCUUCUCCUUUCGGGUUAGCCGUGGAUUUCUCCAACAAGGACACUACAGCUAAAGAUUUAUGUAGUAGUUUAGAAGAAGCCACCGGAUUACCCAAAAUUUGGUGUUUGACCCAUGAAGGGAAUUUGAUAUCAUGGUGGGUAUUUCAUAUUGGAAAAGUUAAAGCAGGGGAAGUUUCUUUAGAUAGAGCUUUAGAAGACUCAAGUGUGAAUGCGUCGGUGGAACCUAAACAACCGAAGAAUCCAGCAGAACCAGUCACAGAAUCCGAAUUAGAAACCGUAACAGAAACAGCGGCUGAAAAGGUAGAAGAUCCAAAACCUGCCUUUGGUGGUUCUGGGUUUGGAUUUUCAACUGGAGGAUCUGUGUUUGGAGGAUCAUCAUUCGGAGCAUCAAAACCUGAAGCUAAUGACACAAAACUUUCUUUCAGCCAGACAGGUUUUGGUUCCCAGUCAACAUUCGGGAAAACCUCUUUCGGAGAAUCAUCAGGACAAACCUCAUUUGGAUCAACUGGAUUCGGUGGUUCGAGUUUUGGUAAAAGCGGAUUUUCUGCAACAACUGGAGGAAGUGGAUUCGCAAAUUAUAGUAACACUUCCAGUGGUUUUGGUUCAGUAAAGAAAGAAUCUCCAUUUGGUCAAGUGGAAAACAAGUCAUCUCCAUUCGGUCAAAUUGAGAACAAGUCAUCUCCAUUCGGUCAAAUUGAGAACAAAUCAUCCCCCUUUGGUUCGUUGUCUGAUAAGAAAGAAUCACCGUUUGGUCAAACUGACUCUAAGUCAUCACCAUUUGGUCAGAGUGAAAAUAAAUCAUCACCAUUUGGUUCUUUGUCUAACAAAAAUGACUCGCCAUUUGGUUCAUUGCCCGAGAAGAAAGACUCACCAUUCGGCUCAUUGUCUGAUAAGAAAGAAUCACCAUUCGGUCAAGUUGAGAGCAAAUCAUCCCCAUUUGGGCAAGUUGAGAACAAAGCUUCACCAUUCGGUCAAACUGAGAACAAAUCAUCCCCAUUUGGUUCGUUGUCUGAUAAGAAAGAAUCACCGUUUGGUCAAACUGACUCUAAGUCAUCACCAUUUGGUCAGAGU